AUGAGGAUAGCCUACGGUGUUUUCCACCUCAGAGAUGGGCCUCUGAAAAAUUGGCAAUACCUCUUCAUCAUCGAAGGAACGCUGACAAUCCUUUUCGGUCUCAUCGCCUGGGUGUUCCUUCCAGCAGGUCCCGGCUCGGCUUGGUUCCUAACCCAAGAAGAACGACGCUUUGCUGCGGAUAGGAUCAAAGCCGACAGCGUUUCAUUUACCGAGCAUGCCUACGACGCCCAUGGAGUAGAGACAGAUCGCUUGACCCAGCGGGACUUCAUUGAAACUGCUAGAGACUGGAAGUUCUGCAAGGAACGAGGUUAUCACAUCCUGGGGGGCAUCAUCAUUGCGGUCGUAGGUCUGGUAGCUACCGUUACUGUCGAAUCCAACGGCGGGAAGUACGCUGCGCUAUGCGUUCUUCUUCUCGGUAGUUACGUCGCUGCGCCAUUGACAGUCGCUUGGUUGAGCGGGAACACCCCAGAACCCGGAAAACGCUCCCUUAUCCUCGGUCUCAACGGUUUCGGGAAUUUGUCAGGUGUCAUCGGUGCGCAGCUAUACCGCGAUCGCUACAAGCCAGGCUACAAGAUCCCAUUUUACGUGACCCUGGGGUUUGUUGCAGUCUCGUUACUUGGAUACUUCUCGUACAGAUUGACCCUCGCCGCGGUUAAUCGAAGAAAGUUGGAACUUAUGAGACAGAAGUCUGCAGAGGAGAUUGAAAGAGAGCGACUGGACAACACGCGUUACGCUGACAAGAAGUGGACGUUCAUUUAUGGCCUUUGA